GGACUACACCCCCCGGCAGGCCCCGCGUGGUCCCGGCCCUCCCGUACCUGCCGGGCGCAGGUAGCCGCGGCGGCGCGGUGCCUGCUGGGGCUCGUAGUUCCCGGCGCGGAGGGGAAGAGCCGUCCGGCCGCGUCGCGGGCGGAAUGGACAAGCUGAAGCGGGUGCUGAGCGGCCGGGACGCGGAGGAGCCCGGUGCUCUGUCGGAGGUUAUCGACGCAACUUCAUUGGGUUGGGGCACCCGAGUGAAAGGCUUCAUCGCGUGCUUUGCGUUGGGAUGCGUGUUCUCCGUCUUGGGUAGUUGUCUGCUCUGGGUACCAAGGAAAGGGCUGAUUCUCUUUGCGGCGUUUUACACGUUGGGGAACAUUGCAUCGAUUGGAAGCACUCUGUUUCUUAUGGGACCAAUGAAGCAAUUGAAAAGGAUGUUUGAGCCUACCCGAUUGAUCGCUACUAUUGUUAUGCUAUUGUGUCUCAUACUAACACUGUGUUCUGCUUUUUGGUGGCAUAAGGAAGGACUCGCGCUCCUUUUCUGUAUCUUACAGUUUUUUGCCUUGGCAUGGUACAGCAUUUCCUUCAUACCAUUUGCAAGGGAUGCUGUGAAGAAAUGUGUGUCUGUCUGUCUGUCCUGAGAGGAAAGCUGGAUGCGUCACAAAGUUCUAGGAAGCAUAGCAGAACUAUGUUAAGAUCACUGUGUAUGUAUUUUGCUACUUCUGUCCUAAACGUGUGCCUUUCGGCUGGUUGUUAGAGGCUCCUUGUGUUAAAUGCAGUGUAUGCAAUUGUGUGUUCUCGGUGCCCGUAGGGCAGAGUGCUCACGUGACCAAAUGAAGUUCAGACCCACAGAAGAGCUGGGCUGACACCCAGACUCGGUUAUGAUGAUGAUUUUCACAUAAAAUUAUUUGUUUUUGCAAAAUUAACAAAGUAACACGUGAAGUCCGUAAAAUGGAGACCUUGAUUCUGAUGGGACCAUGCCAGUCUAGAGGAUUCCUUUGUUGAAGAAGAAAUCUGUUGCUAGCUGAUUUCUUCCUGAGAACUCUUGUAGUGGCCUUACAUCACUUAAUCUUUGCACUGUUUACAUUGGAUAAUGGAAUAUUGGUGUUCUUUUUCUGCCUCUCUUGCAAAAUUUUAGGUUCAUGGUAUGUUCAAAAGGCUUAAUUCCAAAUGAAAGGGCUGUUUUAGAGUACUUAUGAAAUGCUUGAUUUUUUUUUUUUAAUGAAAGAAGUCAUUUUCAGUUUAAGUUGACAGUGUUUUCUUAAAAUACAUGGAAGGGACAUUUUUGUCUGCAAAGACUUGUUCCUGUAAGAGAAGCACUUGCAAAAUUAGGUUAAUCAAAUUUUUUAGUUGCCGGGAAUGAGUUCUUUGCCCUGUCUCCAGCUGAUGGCAAUAUGUACAAGCCAGGAAACCAGGUUAUCACUUGAAAUGAGUCCCCAGCUGUAGCACAGGAGCAAUGUGAAGCCGAGGGAAUGACUGGUAAGCUGCGGCAGAACUUGUUUAUGUCCUUUCUCAAAGGACAAAGUCCCUGUUGAUUAGGUGGAAGCGGGCUGGUGUUUAAGCAAGACCAGGGCAGGAAAAGACAUUUUCUUUUGAACAUGUGAAUAAAUUAAAACUUCAGCAUGUGUUUUUUGUAAGUGAAAUCAAUUUCAUUUCUCCUAAAACUCUCUUCUGCACUAGUGAAUUUCUUCUGCUCUGAGAAGGAAGUACAGCUUUCUAUUGUUUUGUUUUGUUUUAACCAAAGGAAUCAUGCAACAGUCUCGCUGCCAGCUUCAUACACUGAGUGGUCAGUAUCCAGAUUCCAAGGCCAUUGUCCAUUCUUUUAAUCUUCUGAGCUAUGUAUAAUCAUUUACUCCCAAACCAUUCAGGAGUCACUUGUUUAAUACCUGAAUGCAGGUUCCUGCUUCUGCUGUGUUGGAUACUGUUUAACUGUUCUUGCCUUUCCUAUUAGCAAGCUGUCUUGCUGGAACUGAUGGCUGUGAAGGUCAUUAUCAAGUGAACUUUAAUAUGAUCUGAAUCUCCUUUCCUCAUCUACAUAGAAUUUAGCCAUCUAACUGCAUUGUAUUUGCAUAACAAGCAUGUCCUUGACUUGCGCCACAAAGACUUUGGUGCAGCAAAAGCCUGGGUCUGUUCAGUGAUAAAGUACAAGCCCACAGUGAAGCAGAAUAAUUCUGUGGUUCCCAGAAAGUUGUUAGAAGCAGAAUUAACUCUAAACAUUAAGUGUCCUUCUGAUAAUUUAUAAAACACAGUAACAACUCCCCGUGAGGAUCCUCUCUAAAAACAAAAAGGUAUGUUUUGAGGAUGGUAUAAAAGGGGAACUUCAACAGGCUUUCUCUGUUUUCCAGCUGGCUAGAGGUACUCUUACAAAGCCAUUUGAACAGAAAAUGCCUUCUUGAAAAUGUGGCAUGUUGGGAUGAAUCAGUUCUCUGGGAUGACUUUCUCAAGUGCUAUUUCCCACUGCUUUUUUUUUUUUCUUUCCACAGGAUUUGGAAGUUAGUGUUGAAAUCACUAGAUUGGCUAUUACUUUUUUUUUAAAUAAAGAAUUAGUUAAAGGCCCAAGAGAGACUGAGAAUUAAAGAAUACCUAUGCAUUUUUUUUUCCCUGACUCUAUCUAAAUGGAUGUAAGACUUUUUUUUUUUUGAUGAGGGAGUAGGUUCAAAACUUAAUGUACAUCUGCCAAAGGGCCCAUUUUAGUCUUUUAUUAGGGCUUGGAUAAUAUGUACAGAAUUCCUUUGUAAAAGACCAGUUGAAAUACAACUCUAAUACCUUUCACAUCCCAGUGUUUGCUUAGUUUUAAUAUCUCUGGGUGUUUCCGGAGAACUCUACAAGUAUAGUGUAUGGUAUUUUUCCUUCCUCUAUCUGGGAAAGUUCUGUUAAUUUGUAUAAUCAUUCCAGGCCUAUCAGCCGUUCACAUAAUGGAAUUUUACUUCUGUGUUUCUUUCUUUUUUUUUUUUUAUUGUUCAGAUUAGCAAGAGAAAAAGCCUUCUGCUUACUUCUUGACUAGCUUUUGCAGGGCUGUAGUACCAUGACUCUCUAGCAUUUUCAUUGUAAAAACACCAGAUUCAGGUAUGUUGCAUACUGCUUUUUCAGCUUGUGUAUUACAGCUAAGUGGGACCUUUUAGUGUUGUGAGCACAGCCACUUAAAAGUAGGAAAUUUAGACUCUGGAACUGUUUCUUUCUCUGUCAAGAGAUGGUAAACUUGAAUGGAUUCACGCACACCUGUUUAAAGCUGUAAUUCUGGUUCCAUAGCCACGUUUGAUUCAGUAAUAGAGAUGAACAAAGGUUUAUUUGACUGCAUAGCACACAAGGCUUAACAAUAGUGCCCAUAAGGGGAGGGACCUCAAAAGGAGAUGGAAAAGACAUAGGUGAUCACCGUAUUGCCACUAGGAUUUAUGUUGCCUUCUGGUGUUGUAUUCUGUUCUUGUGAAGGUCAGGUGGUAACAGAGAUUCACUGUAUUCUUGCCAAUAUGUGAAAACUACUCAGGGUUUGUCACUUCAUCUACAAGCAGUUUUGAUUUAAAGAUAGUUCCUCUCUAUCAUAGCAAAACACUGUAGAUUCUUACAUAUGCAGUUGUAUACAGGCUAUUGCCAAGUUUAGCAUUGGAAGAUUCUUCUAUCUUGUUGUUAAAAUGAUGUAUAUGAUUGAGAGGUAAACUAAUAUAUGAGCAUCCCCUCUUGACCGGUUUCAAUCUGAAUUAGAUUAUACCAUUUUUGUCAUUAAGACUUCUGUAUGUUUAGAGGUGAUUUCAUCAGCUUUGGUUAUCUGCUUACUAGGAAGCAUGGUGGACUUUUUUAAAGCCCUCUAGCUUUCUAUCAUAAUGUCCUUCAAGGCAGGAAUGUUUGCCGUGUGCACUCUAGUUCAGAGAGAGAUUUGUGUUUUAAAUCAUCAGGCUCCUUCCUUAAUAAAGGCCUUGCUCAGUUGCCUACAGCACUUAACUCAAGGCUGACUUCCUAAAGAAAAUUUCAUGAUGUUGGGUGCCCAUCUCGGUAGAGUUUGGUGUUCUGCCAGAAAGUGCUUCUUGAAAGCCUCACUGUUGGUCAACUUGCCCAUUCGCUUUGGGUUUGUGUUUUUUUUUUGUUUUUGUUUUUGUUUUUUUGUUUGUUUGUUUGUUUUUGCAGUACUCGUAACUGUAACCAAGCAGCCUUAGCAUGAAAUGUGCCUAUCUGGGAUCAGCUGACUUUCCAGAUACAGUAGAAAUGGAAGUCUCGGUGAUGAUGGGUGUUAGUUCCCAUAUCACUGAGAUUUUGAACAUGAAAACA